AGGGCGACGAGGACUAUGACGACGACUUCAACAGCCAUCGCUCAGAUCUGUCCAGGAGCGAGCUGAGCAUCGGAGAGGAGAUCGAGGAGGUGUCCAUCGAGGGCCCGGAGAACAGCGACAAGAUGGAGGACGCUACGCAGGACCUGAGCGUCUCUCAGCUGUCUCUCAGUCACGGUGCAGAUUACAUGGAGGCGGUGCCCUGAACUCCCAGCAUGCACCUGUACAGUUUGACGAUGAAAUAAAUGAAUGUGUUACGCAA